AUGGUCCAUUGGUGGGUGGUCCAAGAUGCCAUGGAAAUUGGAUCCCGUAACCCCUUACGGGAGACGUCCAUAGGCAACGCUGGCGGCCAGGGUGGCAGGCAGAAAAAGGAAGACGGGGCGAGAACAUGGGACGGCAACAUGAUGACCACGACCAAGGAUGGAUCCCGCAAACUAAUGCGCGCUAGGGCUAGGUACGUCGAUGCCAACUUGACAAGCGACAGACAGGACACGAGGCUGCGGUGGAGGUGGUGCUGUGUCAAUCGCCGUGUCCACGUCGACGAGUCCCUACCGCUCAGCGAGACUGAAGAGCCUUUCGUCGAUCGAUCAGCCAGCCCACGAAAGGUGGAUGAGAUGACAUGGAGCACUUAG